AACAAACUCCUCCUAACGACAACACACUCACGCACUCACUCAUCCAAACAAAAGUCAAAGAGACCGACUUCCAGCCACACGAACAGAAUCGAGCGAGCCAGAAGCAACAACAACAACAAUGCCUCUGAUGUGGACCAAGAACUGGGGUGGCCGUCGCGCCGGAGGUGGUGUACGCGUCGACAAGACCGGCCUGCACCGUAAUCCAUUCCGCUUCAGACUGUGUGGACUCAACUGCUUCCGUUAAAAUCAAAAAAAGGAAGCACCCACCAACUGCCACUAUACAACUUACGACAUCGACGACCACGACUACCAGCACACAAACACACACACAGACACACACUAAGAUACGAUACGAUACGAUAUGAUACCCUGAAAACACAAGCGAAAAAGACAGUAGAGAGUGGAAGGAGCGCGAGGGGGAUUGGGAAACCUUCACCUGGUGGCGGGGGCACACGGGAGGAUCUUGUAACUGGAGCGAGGGCAGACAGGCCAUGGAUUUGAAGCGAACUUUGAGAGAGAGAAGAAUAGCAAAGGAGGAGCGUGUGGAAGAGGUUGCUGUGGGAGAGAGAGGUGCUAGAACGCGUUGACAAAAGACAUACAUCGAGGAGGUCAUGUCACUGUGAGGGGGACACCAGGUACCUACCCAGGUAGCAAUGUCAAUUCUCGUUCUGACGCGUCGUAUGCAGGCAGGCACACUGGGAAGCGCGUUCUGGGAGUACUAAUAAGACAGGUAUCGACAAUGUGCACCUCAUGUAUAACAGUGUUCGUGAUGCCGUAAUAUACCGAUUUUCCGGUAGCCCUCGAGAUGAAAGACAUUUGGUGUUGCUAUGAUUCCACUCCAAGCUGCAACUACCAGGGCCUAGACGUCUUUUCACCAAAGGAUGUAGGUAACUGCAGAGAUGGGAGAGCACCCAGAAGUAUGAGAAUCGCAUGUGAUUCUACAUCCAAAUCCAUGUCCUCUUCUCUCUCACUUAUCCCGCCCCUCCCCUCAACUCCUCCUCCUCAUACUGACUCUCCAACUGACGCAUAAUCAUCAUGAUCUCCCACUGAAAGCUCUCAAACACCUUCUGAUGCAGCUUCACGAGAGUCGACAUGCACAAAUCAUAAUUGACCGCUUCACUCCUACUGUUGCUAUUACUACUACUCCAUGUACUACUGCUGAUGCUGUUGCUGCUGCUGCGAGCACGGACGUCUUUCCGCUGCUGCUGAACAUCUCGCGUC